AUGAUUGUGUGCGUCUGCAGUGCUUCAUACCUGCAAAGGUGGAUGAUGAGGGCUCUGUUGUUCCUGGCUGCUGUACAGCUGUCAAGUGCAGACUGCCCCAAAUCAUGUGUAUGUCAUGCUCCUACUGAAGUGCACUGCACUUUCAAAUACCUGACAGCAGUACCUGGCCACUUCCCACCAGCUGUGGAAAGAAUUAACCUCGGGUACAAUAGUCUAACCGUCUUGAGAGAGAAUGAUCUCUUGGGUCUUAAGAGUUUGGAGCUGUUGUUGCUGCAUAGCAACACCAUACACAACAUUGAAGACGGUGCAUUCCAAGAUCUCAGCGCUUUACAGGUCCUGAAAAUGUCACACAAUAAAGUAAAAGAAAUCAACAAAAGGACUUUCAAAGGCCUGGACAGGAUGCAGAGACUCUUCAUAGACCACAACCACAUAGAAUUUAUUAAUCCAGAGGCUUUCUAUGGCCUGACUGACCUACAGCUGGUCCAUCUAGAGGGCAACCACCUCCAGCAGCUCCAUCCAGACACAUUCAUCACACUGAGACACCACCAGGUUUUCAAGGUGUCCUCAGUAAGAACCAUCCAUUUGUCAGACAACCUCCUGACCACUCUGCCUGCAGAUAUUUUCUCGGGCUGCAGUUACCUAGAGAACCUUUUCCUCCACGGCAACCCCUGGUCAUGUGAUUGCCGUAUGCAGUGGUUUUCAGUGUGGGCACAGAAGAAAGUAGGUGUGCUGAAAUGCAAGCGAGAGAGGAGAUCUCCAAAAGGCCAGCUGUGUCCUGUUUGUGAAAAUCCUGCCCCCUACCACAGCAGACCUCUCGCCCUGCUCCACAGUGAUGCAUUUACUUGUACCAAACCAUGGAUAAGUUCCCACCUAAAGCAGAAAAACAUAAGCCUGGAGGAGGGGGACUUCACUCCAAUUUCUCCCAAGGACUUCGUUGCCCCUCUAGGUUCCAUACAAAUGAACCUGAAUAACCAGUUUCACAAUGAUGCCAGUCUAUCCUGCACUGUCCAGAGGCCCACUGCUUUUGAAAAUCUUACACAAACCUUGGUGGAGGAAGAAGGAAAUAAUGUCACUGCACUUACUACUGUCAUAACAACAUAUUUGGUGUGUAAUGUUGACUAUGAACACAUCCAACCGCUGUGGCAGGUCCUGGCUUCUUACAGUGACUCUCCUAUGAGGCUGGAGAGAGGUUUAAUGCUGGCCAGAAUACCGGAAAUGGUGUACAAAUACAGCCAGUUAAAGGAUGAAGACGAAGGAAUUACGACAAAUAUUGAAGCUGAGAUUAAAGCCUCUCCUCCCUGGCUAAUGCAGGGAGAGGUGAGUUUCCAGCUUGACCGAACUACAACUACCUUCUCUACUCUACACAUUAAGUACCAGUCUGUGGUCAACUUACGCGUGGAAGGCAUACCAUCUAAGAGGGACCGCUAUGCUUGGACCAUGAUCAAGCGAGAUAAUCAAACCAAAACUGAGCAUACUGUAAUUACAGGUGGUGUGGCACAGUUGAGCUGUCAAAUCCAGGGUGAACCAAAGCCUUUGAUGGAGUGGAUUUUACCAGACGGAAGUAAGGUACGAGCUCCUUAUUCCAGCCCCGAUGGGAGAAUCAUAAUCACAGCUGAGGGGAAGCUAACGCUUCGGGGUGCAGAUGCUUCUGACACAGGCCUUUACUGGUGCAUUGCCACAAACUACCUGGAUGCAGAUAUCCUCAUAUUUCGAGUGACAGUCCUUUCUCCUGAUGUAGAAGAGGUUGAGGUCAAUGGUCUCCAACUCUCAAAGUCACUUGGUCAAAAUCUGGUAUUUGACUGUAGCUCUUCAGGAAGCCCUGAAGCUUCAGUUUCGUGGAUUUUCCCUGACCAUACAGUACUGGACAAGUCUCAAGGGAACAAGAAGGUUUACGAAAAUGGAACAUUAUUCAUUCAGGGCCUCACAGUGAGAGAUAGAGGAUUUUAUAGGUGUUUGGUUGCCAAUCACCUGGGAGUUGAUCUGCUUGUGUCUCUGGUGACACUCACUGAAGAAAGACUUGAGGCUACAACCGUUUGGGACAGUGAGGGAUCUGGGAUGGAGACAGAGGUCAAGUUGGAUUCUAGCUUGGCAGGAAACACGAUCAACGUCAGGGAGAACCCAUCCUCCAGUCCUGCUAGCAGACCCGGUCAGGAAUCCAGGACUAUCACCUCAAAUCGGCCUUACCUGAGGCCCAGAUUAUUGGAUGGAAGAAUCUCUGGCGGUAGACUGGGGCAGAGAAGGAGGGGGAUGGCUCGCAAUAGACACAUCUGGAGUAGUAGGGUCUUUGAUAAAGCUUCAAGGAAAGUAGACCCACAGACAUUUGCUGAAUUUAUGAAAAAGGCUCAGGGUGGAUCAAAAGUAAAUACUGACAUCAAUGAUGAGCAGGUAAAUUAUGAAAACUCUCAAAAUGUUUUUGAUGGUGAUGAAAUUGGCUCUGGUGAGGAUCAAAAUAAAGAUUAUAUCACUGCUGUACCAAGUUUAGUUAAGUCAAUUCCAGAAGCAAUAACAGCCUCACAGAAAGAUAAAGGCAAUUUUUUAGCAACAACAGAGACAGAAAAUGCAUUGGGACAUAGGACUGAAAAUACAAACCCAACAACGACAGAAAUGUACAUGCAAUCAGAUUCUACACCCAUAAAGACCACAUUCACCAACCGUCCACACUCCGCAGAGAAAACAGAGUUUUACACGGUGGAGAAGACCAGCAUGCCAACUCCAAAACUACAGCCAGUCACUCUACAACUUACUGUGACAGAUGUGGUACAAGAAACUCAACUCCAUUUUUCAGGAGAACCAUAUGCCGAGGCAGAAACGUCCACUGGGACAGCACUUUUAUUAACUACAGACCCUAAUGUGACACCAAUGGGGGAUGGGGCAGGCCCAGUGGAGCUAGUUGUCCACACAGAUCCUGAAAGCCAGACCACAUUUACAGCAGUCACUACCACAGAGAGACUGCAGGAUGAGAUUACCUUCCAUACAACACAAACAAUAAAAUCUCCACGGCUGUCUGCAGGAUCCACCAUCAUCUCACAGCAGCACAUUCAUAUCUUUCCACGUAAGAACAGCAGAGGAAGGGGUGGUAGGAGGACCCUCCAUGGUCGUAGGAGGAUAAUAAAACCCAACAGGAUAAAUGACAUAAAGUCCUAUGUCAACAGAUUUAAACAACCCACUAUGACAAAGGAAGGAAAUGCAUCAACUUACCAAACGGAACUGACCACAGAUCGUGACCAUGAUGAACACACGAAGAGAACUGUGACCACUAAUGAACAGCUCAUCACAUCAACUGUAUCUUCCAUUCCUUCGCUAAGCAAAACAGAGAGUCCUGUCUCUACACAGAAAACUAUAGCAUCCACCACGGUUCAUUACAUUACUUCAAAUGCCCCUUUCAGCCAUGCUGAGUCGCAAUCAGAGAAUUCCAAAGACUAUGUAACAUCCACUGAUAUCCCUGAAACUGAUCCUACUAUUGAUCCACUUUCUACCACAAAGAAAAAAUCAGAAAUUACCACUACAACUGCAUCUAAGGUUAUUCGUGGAAGAAUUCCAUGGAACCGGCUGUUUCGAGGCAGAGAAAGACAAAAAAAAUGGAAUGGUUUAAAAAGGCCCUACAUCUUCCCAAAAACCUCAACUACAACUCAAGCUACAACCCCUGCUGCUAUACCCACUACCACCAUAAAGUCUUCAGUUACAAGUGAGACGCCACUGACAUCCAUUCACAAACAGAGCAAAGAGAGUUCAUUAGAUGAUGAUUAUGGAGGUUUGUCUUCAGGAGAUUUUGAACUGACAACACUGGGAUCCAGUUUUCACCUUAUAACUACUACAAGUUCACCUUAUUACCGGUACCCUAUGUCUUCCACCACUGCUAAAAUACCUGCACAAUUAGAGAUGCUACCUUCUCCACCAACAGUCAAACCACAUGUUGAUCAAAAACCUGAUGAAGUAUUAUCAUCUGGGUCUGGGGGAUUACCUGAUAGCUUGUUUGUAAUCAGACAGAGACCUGGUAAGACAAGAGGACAGCAGGGGCAAGUAAGGAGGCCUUUUCGGGGUAGGAGACCAUUCAGAAAACCUGGAAUCACAAAAGCAAAUCCUACUACUAUAACUGCGGCACCAACUACAAAAAUAAAAGUUAUGGAAACUACAAUUGAGGCAACUUCACAAUCUCAAGAGAGUGUUUCCCUUUACAAUUCAUCAUACACCACAUCAAGGAAAGUGGGCGGAGCCACAGUAGCUGUUUCAAAGGACCAAACAUCAGAAGAGACUGACUUAUAUGAUACAUUUGACUCAGCAUCUAGCAGUUUUCCGACCUACACUACCACCAAGACCCCUUUCAUUGACUCUAUGACAUAUAGUCCUACUAUAGCACAGAUGCCAGUUACCACAAAACAAACUUACCCAACAAUGUAUGCCAGAUUCCACAGGAUCAAACCACCGAUACAGAGGAGCAAUGGCGACACAACUCGCAUUCCGCCAACAGGAAGAAUCAGACCUACUACUCAAAGCAGUGUUGCAAGGGGCAAUGGAGAAACAAUCACCAUCUACACCGCCAACCAAGAAUAUGAAACCCCUGCUCCACACAACAAAGAAAUGCAUACUUCCAUCACUGCUGUUUAUAAUAAUGGCAAUGGCAAUAAAGCUACAAUAGCUCAUAAUGCAGGAUUGGAACCAACAACGAAAGCGGUCACAAGCAAGCCAAGGAUCAUUGGAGGAAAUGCAGCCAGCUUUACUGUUUUGUUUAACUCUCAUGCGUAUCUGCCGUGUGAGGCUGUUGGAAGUCCACAGCCAGUUAUAACCUGGAAACGCCUCUCCUCAAACACAGGAAGAACAAAUUCCAUUAAAGAAAGAAUGGGCAGAUUUGAGGUAUGGAACAAUGGCACCCUGUCCAUCGAGAAUGCCAACAUCAAUGACCGCGGCCAAUACCUCUGUCUUGCCGAGAAUGAUUAUGGAUCAGAUAAACUUCUUGUCACCCUCUCCGUGGUAGCCUACCCAUCACGUAUCCUAGAGCCAAAAAUGCAAGAAAAGAAGUCCCACGUAGGACACACAGUAGAGAUGAAAUGUAAAGCUGAAGGCCGACCUAUUCCCAUAAUUUCUUGGAUCUUGGCCAACCGGACCCAAGUAAAGGGUCAAAAUGCAGAGAACGGGAGAGUAUCAGUAUCUUCUGAGGGCACUCUGAUCAUCGAGCAUGUGUCUGUGUAUGACAGAGGUUAUUAUAAAUGUAUAGCCAGUAAUCCAGCUGGAGCUGAUACUGCUACAGUCCGACUGCAAGUGGUGGCAGCACCUCCAGGCAUUGCUGAAGAGAAGCGUCAGCAGGUGAAAGCGAGUGCAAAUGAAAAUCUGUGGCUGCCCUGUACCGGUCAUGGCACUCCUCAGCCAACUAUUCACUGGGUUCUCUAUGAUGGAUCAGUGAUUCGAGCUAACAAACAAACAAGUGACAAAAGGAUGUCAUUGUAUGAGAAUGGAACACUUUUCAUGAUGGGGGUGACUCCAGCGGAUAGUGGGAAAUAUGAAUGUAUUGCUACCAGCUCUACCGGUUCAGAGCGAAGGGUAGUUACUCUGACAGUAGAGACAAAGGACACUGCACCUCAGAUAGUGAAGACAUCAGACCGUUUCACGCAGUUGUCUUAUGGCGAUCAUUUAAGACUAAACUGCUCAGCAACAGGAGAGCCUGAACCAAGGAUCAUCUGGCACCUACCUUCUAAAGCUGUUGUUGACCAUCAGCACAGGAUUGGAAACAGAAUUUGGGUUCUGUAUAAUGGUACUCUUAUCGUAAACACAGUGAGUGAUAAAGAUGCUGGAGACUAUCUCUGUAUUGCACGAAGUAUGGUUGGUGAUGAUCUUCAACUGAUGAGGGUUAGUGUAUCAAUGAAGCCAGCCAAAAUAGAGCCUAAGCUCUAUAGGAAAAAGAAGGUAACCUAUGGUAACGACUUGAAAGUAGACUGUAAAGCCUCUGGAGCACCAAAGCCAGAGAUCUCCUGGGGUCUACCAGAUGGUACAAUGAUCAACAAUGCCCUGCAGUCUGAUGCUAGCCAUGGAGGGGGACGAGCACGUCGUUAUACACUGUUUGACAAUGGAACACUUUAUCUAAACCAGGUUGGUAUAUCAGAGGAAGGAGACUACAUCUGCUAUGCUGAAAACCAGGUGGGAAAAGACGAGAUGCACGUACAUGUGACCGUGGUGACAGCUGCCCCCAGGAUACUUCAACCUAGCCUGACCUAUGCCAGGGUAAAGACUGGAGGGAAAAUUCGCUUUGACUGUGAAGCACUAGGAGAGCCCAAACCCAAGAUCUUCUGGAUGCUUCCCAAUAAUGAUGUAAUAGCUGCAUCAAAUGAACAAUACUUAAUGCAUGUAAACGGAUCUCUGGACAUCAGGGAUGUCAAGUUAAAUGAAGCAGGAGAGUAUGUAUGUGUGGCUCGCAAUUCUGGUGGAGAAGACAGAAAGGUUUAUAAGUUGGACAUGGAUGGGAAUCCACCAGUGAUCAAUGGCUACAAACAGAACAGGACGGUAAUCAAAGACAUAGCCUUAAAACACUCAAGGAAACUUAUAGACUGCAAAACUGAAGGUGAUCCCACUCCAACAAUAACUUGGAUUAUGCCUAAUAACAUCUUUAUAAAAGCACCAUACUUUGGCAGCAGGAUUAAUGUCCACCAAAAUGGAACGCUAGAGAUUCGUAAUGUCCGGCCCACCGAUACAGCAGAGUUCAUUUGUAUUGCAAGAAAUGAUGGGGGAGAAGCAGCUAUGAUAGUGCAGUUGGAGGUUACUGGUACGCUCCGAAGGCCAAUUUUUGACAACCCUUUUAAUGAACGUAUUGUUUCUCUCACUGGGAAAACUGCAGUUCUCAAUUGCUCUGCUGAUGGCCAACCAAAGCCAGAGAUCAUUUGGAUCUUGCCUAAUGGAACCCGGUUUACUGUUGGAACCAGCCAUGACUCUCGCUACCAACCAGGCAGUGAUGGAUCUUUGGUCAUCCACAAUUCUCAGAGAGAAGAUUCUGGGAAUUACCGCUGUGGUGCCAAGAAUUUGGCAGGAUAUGUUGAAAAACUAAUAAUUUUGAAUAUUGGGCAUAAGCCCUACAUCCUUACAAGGCCUAAGGGCAUCAUACGCAGCAUUUCUGGGGAACUCCUUUUCCUUCAUUGCCUAUCUGAUGGGAAUCCCAGACCCAGAAUCUACUGGACCAUUCCUGGAGGUCACACUCUUACUCGGCCCCAAGUACUUGGGCGCUACCAGUUGUUCGAGAAUGGCACCCUUAAGAUUCAAGACACUACUCUCCGUGACAGAGGAAACUACAUUUGCAGGGCCCGCAGUGAUGCUGGGGAGGCAGUGCUCACUGUCUCUGUCUCUGUCAUUGCUUACCCUCCACGGAUCACUUCAGGGCCACCUCCUAGCAUGAGAACAGCAACUGGGACACCUAUCCAGCUCAACUGUGCUGCUACUGGAAUUCCUAAACCUGAGAUCACCUGGGAGCUUCCGGAUCAGUCAGUGCUGUCAGCAGCAGAGGAGGGAAGGCCUAUGGGUAGUGAGAUGCUUCAUCCUCAGGGCACACUUAUUAUCCAAAGGCCCACUACAUCAGAUUCUGGUAAAUACAAGUGCUUUGCCAAAAACCUCCAUGGUACAGACUCAAAGAUCACGUAUGUACUUGUACUUUAACAGAGAGCCGUACAUCCAGAUACCAAAAUUUCCAGACACAGUUACUACAACUUGUGUCUAUACUAUUUGAUACAAGCAUUUGUUAGAUUUAAGUGUUUUGGAAUUUGUUUAAUGAAAACUCACAAGUCUGGAUUUAAAAAGUAUAAACAACACAAUGAGAAUAGAGGAAAAGACGUUUUUAAAUGUAUAUUUUUUUCUUAACUGGAAAACCCAGUCUUUUAGCUUCCAAGUUGUUAUUUCAACUUUUGAACUUCUUCACAGAGGUAAAAGGGCCAGCACUAAGUGACAAAUCUAAAAGGAUUUAUCUGAUCAGAAAGUGAGUGAAGUAUGAAAGGCACAGAUACUAUGACAGCACAUGAAGACAGAGUAAAAUGUGAAACAGAAUGACAAUAAAUAUAAAAAGGCUAUGUUGGGGGGUGGGGUGUUGUAAUUCAAUUUAGACAUGUGCCAUAGAAUAUUGCCAUGAUUUAUUGAAUUGACACUUAAGAGCAAAUUGAAAAGACAACAAGCCAAUUAUGUUGUAAAAUGUUUUUCAAAGUCACUUAAUCUUUUUUAUAGCUUUCUGCCAAAAAAGAAAAAAGAAAAGAAAAGCAAGAAAAAUCUAUGGGGCUUGUCUUACACUGGAGACGUAUCAUGGACAGCAUGGAGAGUACAGAGUGUUACCAGAAUCAGAAGCUUUAAUUGUACGUUUUGUAUCUUACAGUAAUGUCAGUUUGAAGCAGAUUCCAGCAUGUUUAUUUGCAAUUUAAUUGAACAAAAACACACCAACUACUCUCCCUGUCAGAUUGUGAUAUGCAUUAUGCUAAUCUGUAAUAGUACAGGACAUGUAUAAAUAUUAGUAAUAUCUAUUUUUCUAAAUUUGGGGAAAAUGUUAAAAAAUAAACAUAUCCAUGCAUUAUUAUUGUUUUUCAGUUGA